AUGAAGAUAACAAAGAAACCCGAGACAGAUCAACUGCUGCUGAUGCCACUGGACAUGCCGUUCAAACACAUUAUCAAGGAUAUCGUGGGCUCCAAGACAUGGAUAUCGCGUGAGAGUGUGCAAUCGACUAUCCGCAAAAUGUCAACGGAUGCUGGCACGAAAAAUGCGUUUUUUGUAGGGGACAUGUGCGAGGUCCAGCGCCAGUUUGUGCAAUGGACGCAGCUGCUGCCGCGCGUGCAGCCAUUCUUUACUGUCAAGUGCAAUCCUGAUCCGUUGGUUGUCAAGCUGAUGACUCGUCUGGGUGCUGGGUUUGACUGUGCUAGCAAGGCUGAGCUGCAGCAGGUGCUGGAUGAAGGCAUUGGUGCGCACAACAUCAUCUAUGCGCACCCAUGCAAGCCAGCAUCCCAUGUGCGAUUUGCAAAGGCUAAUGGCGUCGAGAUGAUGACCUUUGACAAUGCUGACGAGCUGGUCAAGAUCCAACAGCUGUACCCAGGUGCAAAGGCCGUGCUGCGUAUCCUUACCGACGACUCAGGGUCGCUAUGCCAACUGGGGCUCAAGUUUGGCGCAGCGCCAGACACGACAUUGGCACUUCUGCGCACAGCCCAGCAGCUGGGUGUUAAUGUCAUUGGUGUCAGCUUCCACGCUGGUAGCGGCUCCCAGAGUGAGUCUGCGUUCAACGACGCUGUACUGCGCGCGCGCCGCGUGUUUGACCAGGCAUCAGUGCUGGGAAUGCACCUGACGGUGCUGGAUGUUGGUGGCGGAUUCCCAGGCCGUGGCGACCAGAGCGGAUUGGAUUUCCCCACUGUUGCCGCUGUGCUCGGCGAUGCACUGGAGCAGCACUUUCCGCCCAGCGAGUAUGCUCAUGUGCGCGUCAUUGCCGAGCCUGGUCGCUACUUUGUGGCAUCAGCCUUCACGCUGGCCGUCAAUGUUGUGGCCCGCCGCUGCAUUGAUUGCGCCGACACACCUGCAUUCAUGUACUAUGUCAAUGAUGGUGUCUAUGGCAGCUUCAACUGCAUCAUGUUUGAUCAUCAGCACCCGACACCACGUGUGCUGACUCGCCAUGGCCGCCUUGUCGACAGGCCAGAACUGCCCGAGCCAGCUGUAUUUGAGAGCAGCAUCUGGGGCCUUACCUGUGACUCGAUUGACUGUAUUGUCGGUUCGGGCAAACUGCCCGAGCUGCAAGUUGGUGACUGGCUGACAUUUGACACGAUGGGUGCGUACACUAUGUGUGCCGCGACUAGCUUUAAUGGCUUCAAGAUCAGCGACGUUAUCUAUGUUGACACUGAGGGGCACUUAUUUAGGCCAUAUGAUAAGCUGUAA